AUGGAUGACUAUCCUCUUUUUCUCGGUCUUGAUCUCUCCACCCAACAGCUCAAGGCUAUUAUCAUCUCAGAAGAUUCUACUGUUGUCCAUGAGACUUCAGUCGGGUUCGAUAACGACCUCCCACAUUAUGGGACCACGAAAGGCGCCAUUCGUGGGCCUGACGGAGAGGUCACUUCUCCGGUUGCGAUGUGGCUAGAGGCCAUGGACCUUCUCUUACAGCGCAUGAAGGAUGCUGGUGUCAAUUUCGAUAAUAUUAUGGGCGUUUCAGGAGCUGGUCAGCAACAUGGAUCCGUAUAUUGGUCCGAAGAAGCGGAUUCGGCCCUGUCCAGUUUGGAUCCUAGCAAAAAUCUCGCAACGCAACUGGCUCCAAAAGCUUUCUCUCUUCCUAACGCACCUAUUUGGCAAGACUCCUCGACGACACGCGAAUGCCGUGAGUUGGAACAGGCUGUUGGCGGGGCUCAGACAUUGGCAGACAUAACCGGUAGUCGGGCAUAUGAACGGUUUACUGGCACUCAAAUCAAGCGGAUACGUCGGUUGAAGCCGGAAACAUACAAGGCGACAUCACGCAUCUCUCUGGUGUCCUCAUGGCUGCCCUCUCUCUUCUUGGGUGCCAUUGCGCCUAUAGAAGUUUCGGAUGCAAGUGGUAUGAAUAUGAUGGAUGUUCUCACAUGCAAGUGGAACGACGAGCUCCUGGAAGUUUGCGGCGGUCCCGAGUUGCGUGCCAAGAUCGGUCCAGAGCCUGUUCCCGGAGGAACUGUCCUGGGUAAGGUCUGCAACUGGUGGGUCGAACGUUGGGGAUUCAACCCAGAUUGUUGUGUCGCACCGUUCACUGGAGACAAUCCUGCUACCAUGGUUGCGUUAUCCACUCCGGGAGAUGCAAUCCUUUCGUUGGGCACCUCGACAACGUUAUUACUCGCAAUUCCGCCCGCCGAUUUACCACCGACCCGAUUCACAACAUCCCAUCUCCUCUCCCAUCCCACCCAUAUUGAUGCUCACAUCGCUAUGUUGUGUUACAAGAACGGUGCCCUGGCUCGUGAAGAAGUUCGAGACAAAUACGCCAACCAUGACUGGAACAGGUACAACGAGCUCGUGGAAGCUACACCUCCCGGCAACAAUUCACACUGGGGUUUCUACUUCCCACUGCCCGAAAUCAUCCCCCCGAACGUCAAGGGCGACUUUUUCUUCACAUCUCAGUCUAAAGACGGCAGCGUCGUUCCGACACCCGUCGACUCUAUCCCUGCCGAUGCUCACCCUCGUGCCGUUCUCGAGUCCCAACUGCUCUCCAUCAAGUCACGUAUCGCUGCGAUCCUCCCAGCUGACGCUCCACCCCUCCGCCGUGUCGUUCUCACCGGCGGCUCUUCCGCCAAUCAAACCAUCCGACAGUUCGCUGCGGAUCUAUUUGGCAUGCCAGCAUAUGUCUCUGAAGGGACGAAAGAGGCCGCUGGGUGUGGUGGUGCGAUACUGGCGAAAUUCGCGUGGUGGAGGGCUGAGAAUGGUGGGAGGGGAACGUUUGAGGAGAUGAGGGCGGCUGACGUGGAGAGCAUGAAAAGGGUCGCGGAUCCCAAGCCGAGUGUGACGAAGGUAUACGAAGGGUUGGUGGAGGCGUACAGGCAAUGUGAAGAGAUGGUAGUGAAUGCUUGUGCGGUCGAUGCCUAA